GGAGCAGACGGUGUAUAUAAGGACCCCGGUGCUCGCUGCCUCUUCACCCGUUCAUCCGGAGCCAGCAGCGGCUAAAGUUCCCCCACCGACAGCCGGAGACCAGCAGAGAAGCUGCAGACAUGUGUGACGACGAUGAGACCACCGCCCUCGUCUGUGACAACGGCUCCGGCCUGGUGAAGGCCGGCUUCGCCGGAGACGAUGCCCCCAGGGCCGUGUUCCCCUCCAUCGUCGGCCGACCCCGUCACCAGGGCGUGAUGGUCGGUAUGGGGCAGAAGGACUCCUACGUGGGCGACGAGGCCCAGAGCAAGAGGGGCAUCCUGACCCUGAAGUACCCCAUCGAGCACGGCAUCAUCACCAACUGGGACGACAUGGAGAAGAUCUGGCACCACACCUUCUACAACGAGCUGCGCGUGGCCCCCGAGGAGCACCCGACCCUGCUGACGGAGGCCCCGCUCAACCCCAAAGCCAACAGGGAGAAGAUGACGCAGAUCAUGUUCGAGACCUUCAACGUCCCCGCCAUGUACGUGGCCAUCCAGGCCGUGCUGUCCCUCUACGCCUCGGGCCGCACCACCGGCAUCGUGCUGGACUCUGGCGACGGUGUGACCCACAACGUGCCCAUCUACGAGGGCUACGCUCUGCCUCACGCCAUCAUGCGUCUGGACCUGGCCGGCCGCGAUCUGACCGACUACCUCAUGAAGAUCCUGACGGAGCGCGGCUACUCCUUCGUCACGACCGCUGAGCGUGAGAUCGUGCGCGACAUUAAGGAGAAGCUUUGCUACGUGGCUCUGGACUUUGAGAACGAGAUGGCGACCGCCGCCUCGUCCUCGUCCCUGGAGAAGAGCUACGAGCUGCCCGACGGUCAGGUCAUCACCAUCGGCAACGAGCGUUUCCGCUGCCCAGAGACGCUGUUUCAGCCCUCCUUCAUCGGUAUGGAGUCUGCCGGUAUCCACGAGACCGCCUACAACAGCAUCAUGAAGUGCGACAUCGACAUCCGUAAGGACCUGUACGCCAACAACGUGCUGUCCGGCGGCACCACCAUGUACCCAGGUAUCGCUGACCGCAUGCAGAAGGAGAUCACAGCGCUGGCGCCCAGCACCAUGAAGAUCAAGAUCAUCGCUCCCCCUGAGCGUAAAUACUCCGUCUGGAUCGGCGGCUCCAUCCUGGCCUCCCUCUCCACCUUCCAGCAGAUGUGGAUCAGCAAGCAGGAGUACGACGAGGCCGGUCCCAGCAUCGUCCACCGCAAGUGCUUCUAAACACGAAGCGUCCACGACCAGAGAAAACAAGACGCUGCUGUCCUCGGGACAAAUGAGACAAUCACAAUCACAGACGAAAACAAGGCGUCCACCCUGUACAUAUGUUAUUUAUUCCUUCUGUUAUGUAUGUGAUAUUUUUUAAAAUGUGAAUGAUGUCCGGUGUGUAUGUGAAAAGAUUCGAGGUACCACACACUCCAACUCGGACCAACUGAGAAAAGGGACGAAAAAAACACACAAAAAAGACCAAAAAAGAAACGAGAACAAAUAAAGUCCGUUUAUUUUCA